AUGGCCGUCUUCAAGGGCUGGGGCCGUGAAAACUUUCUCCGGGUGCAGCUUUUAUGUCUAGCCCUGAUUGGGGUACAGAGACAUGAAACUGUGUCAAGCAAAGCGAUUUUCCACGUUUGUUUUAUCUCGAUGGUGAUUAUGGAUUUGGCGACGAUUUUCUUUGCCUUGGAGCAUGUCAACGAUAUUGCGCUCGUGUGCGACUGUUUGGGGCCAACGUUUACCGCCUACUUGGGGAUCGUGAAGCAAUACUGUCUCAGCGUUCAUCAAGUCGAGCUGUGGAAUGUCAUUGAGAUGCUAAGACGGCUCAAGCAAUAUGGUGAGGCUGAUGAAAUCGAAUUGAUUGAGCGAAACAAUAAAAUUGAUGGGUAUCUGGCGACGGCUUAUCUUACAUCAGCGUCAGCAACUGGAUCAUUGUUCAUCGUUGCGGCUUUAUUGAAAGGAUUUUACAAAAUGAUUUUCCAUCGUUGCAUUGAAUGGAAUUUUCCACUUGCUCUCAGCUUUCCAUUCGAUACGAGCCAUCCUGUUGUGUUUGGAAUUUUCUUCAUUUGGUCUAGUGCCGCAAUUUAUAUGGUAGUUUUGUGUUGUGUGUCCAGUGAUGCCAGUUUUGGAGGACUGGCUUCCAAUGUGGUGGUUCAUUUCAAGUUGCUCCAAAAACGUUUUGAGGAUACAAGUUUCACCGAUAACGAUGAUAAUUUGAAGAAAUUGAUAGAGUAUCAUGCAUUGCUCCUCUGUCUAUCGCGGAAGAUAAUGUCAAUCUACAGAGUUAUAAUAAUUAACAAUUUAUUAGUCGCUUCAGUAUUGUUGUGUGUACUCGGAUUCCAACUUGUAAUGUUCCUAGGAUCCUCAUUGAUGCUGAUUUACCUGAUGUAUGUGACGGCAAUUGUGAUUCAAAUUACUUUCUUUGCUUACUACGGAUCACUUCUAUCUCACGAGAGUGAAUCGGUAGGCAAUUCCAUCUACUGUAGCAACUGGUACGAGUCCUCACCCAAGACGAGGAAACUGUUGCUGCAUUGUUUAAUGAGAGCUCAAGUUCCAGUCAAUACGAAAGUUGGGUUCAUGGUAGCGUCACUACCGACGUUGAGAGCUAUUCUCAAUUCUGCUGGAUCUUAUGUCGCUCUUCUGCUAUCUUUUACUGAUAAAUAA